CGCAUGCGCAGAUCAAUCUAAAGAAAGAGAUCGCUCGUUCGAGGGGCGACGAAGAGAAACGAAAAGAAAAGAAACGAAACUCACCUCCCGAUCGAUCCUGUCGGCGGCGGACACGCGUAUAGAAAAAGCUCCCAAACUCUUCAUUCAGAGACAACACUCACUAGAACCUGUACAAGCACAGAGCUAAGCUAUAGCUGAAAUAGCCUAUAGCUCAAAUCCAGUCAUUGGAUAUACGUGAAAUUAAUUAUAAAGGUGAGGAAUGGCGAAUACCCUAAGCUCCACAAAGGAGCCGGCCUCAGGUGAAGGAAAGCAGGUCACAUUCAACCCCAACCCAGUCACAAUUCCUGCCGGUUCUGCAGCUAGUGCUACUGGCCGUGAUAAAACCACCGAUGCUUUAAGCAAUGGUAGUACAGGAGCUGAACCACUGUCCUCCAUUAAAGGAACGAUACCUAUCACUGAUAUGACCGACCCCACAAAAGUUAAAAACGUUCUCGUUAGUAGCGUUGUGCCGCUUCCAGUAGGCGGAGAUCACACCUAUGCUAAAACCACGCCCACAGGAGACGAAGGCGAUGACUCAAGUUCUUCGUCUGACAGUAGCUCUGAGAGUGAUACUGAUACCGAUCCCGAAAAACCGACUGAUGAUUCCGGCCCAGGUAGUGCAAUUAUCUCCACCAAUGGCACCCCAUUGACUGUCAAUCCUCCUUCCGCUUUGAUUUCGCCAGUCGACACACCCACAACGACCCCCAAGAAGAGAGGGCGCCCUCGUAAAAACGUGGCCACGCCUCAGUCUGUCCCACCACCAAAAAAGACGAAAGCUAACACUAAAAGUGGUGAACCUCCUCUUCGAUCUAUUUUAAAAUUAGGGUCGUCGGCUCCAACCACACCUGUCUCAAAAUCAUCAGACUCUACUGCUUCAAAUGCAAAGAAGAAUAUCAGGAGGCGUGGUCGGGGGUGUGGCAGUUGUGUUGGGUGUGUGAGGGAAGACUGUGGGAAGUGUCUUUACUGUCUUGAUAAGCCAAAGUAUGGAGGACCAGGGAGGAAGAAGCAGAGGUGUGCUUUGAGGAGCUGCUCUCAGUUUGUUAGUGUGGGGAAGCGAUUACCAGCUUGUUACAUGAAUAAAAUGCCCGACACUCCAAAGACUGCUGCCAUUCUUACAGUAGCACAGCACCUGGUAGCUGCAGCAGCUGCUAAUAACGACAACCAGUCCAUACCACUAGCUACUCCAAUACAGGCAUCUGAACCUUCGCCAGUUCAGCAAGAGACCCCAAUCAUCAAACUGACUGACGGUACCUUUAUUGACAAGGCAGCUGGUAUGGCACCUGAUGGUGAUAGCUUGGCUUCUUUAAUACUGGCCAGUACUGAUACUGUCCCUCUUAGCGGGUCUAGUUUGAGUAAGGUUCCUCCUGUAUCUGAUGAGACAGCUGGUCUUUCUUCAUUUCUUGCUAGUACAUCUACUCCGGCUAAAAUGAAACCUCUUGAUCCUGAUUCAAUGAAGUGUGUUGUGUGUACUAGGGAGCGUAAAAUCAAACUAGCUAAAACUGAUAAGUUCUGUACUCUUCGCUGUAUGAAGGCCUGGCUAGAGCAGAACCCUGGGAAGAACCCUGACACUGCCGAACCAGGAGAAACUAAAAACUUGUUGUGUAUGCCUCCUACUACUGCCAUUGCUGAUCAACCAAGAGCAAUCAAGAAAUUACUGAUUGACAUGGCCCUACCUGGUGCUCAGCCGUUCUUUGCUUCCUCCUUAUCCCCUCCUAAAUCAGUAAAUAUCCCCCCGGGGGCUCCCCCAGCCGCUACUUCUACCAGUAGCAUACUGACCAAUGCUAGCAUGUUGACUCCCAUUGGCACUCCGUCUGGAUCCUCAGUCGCUAGUCCAGCUGCUCCUACUGCCAGUGUGGGAGGAGUUAAGAGACAGCCACCGGCUGAUGAUACUAAUCAAUCAGUCAAGAAAUACAAGGAGACAUCACUCACUCUCACUUCAUCUACUAAGACUAUACCCACCACUAGCGUUGCUAAGACAACGUCAAUUAAAAGUGGAGCACCUGCCAGCAAUAGAAGAAGAGGACCUAAUGUGAAGGGGAGCAGAAAAAGAAAAAGUGAUUUAACAGGGGCCAAAGCCAAAAAAAGAAAUUCGAAAAAUUAUGAGAAUAGAAAACUAAUGAAAAAAGAUCUACCAGUGGAUGUCAGUAAGUGGUCCAUUGGUGACGUUAAGAAGUUCUUUGAGUCUAAGCCGGACUGUCAGCCGGUCCUCUCACUGCUUGAAGAUCAGGAGAUUGAUGGGCAGGCACUGCUACUACUGAGUCAGGACACCAUGGUCAAGUGUUUGAAUAUUAAACUAGGACCAGCUUUAAAGAUAAUGGCUCAUGUUGAUCAAUUGAAGCAGCAACAGGCGACCCACACAUAAACAAUACAUUUACAUGUAUCUUAUCAUCACACAUACACAUACGUACACUCAUUAUGAUGUGAAGUACAUUAGAGGAUUUGAUGCACUUUCAUUAUGUUACAUGUACACUGUAUGUCUUUAACAUUAAUACAUAUUAUGGAUAUGGUA